UGAGUAUAAUAUAAAUGAAAUACAUUGGGUUUACCGAGUUUUUCUCUCUAGCUAAAGAAUGCAUUCUAGACUUAUAGAAUUGAAUUAUAUAAAUACAGAAUGCAUCACAUAUGAAUAGAUUAAAUUGCAUAUAGCCUGAAUGCUAUAAGUAUAAAAUGCAUUGUAUAGCUAUAGAGAGAAAAUUCCCCUCUUGGCGCCAUAGUCUACAGCCUUGCCAUUGUAAAAAGUCUAUAAACAUCGUAAAGUGUCUAUAAGCCGUGGUAUCGCGGUUAUUUUAACCAUAUCCUGUAAAGUUUUAAUGGCAGUAAGGCGCAAUACACCUUAUCAGGAUACAUAACUUGUGUUUUGGCAGUUCUGGUCCCUAUAGCCGACGACACAGACUAUAACGAACACACACAGCACCACGUUUCUAGGAGCAUUCUAAGAUACCAUGCAAUGCUUCCUUUUUUUUUUGAACGGCAGGGUGACAAGACAGAGUAUGACGACAAUUUCUUCGACUACACUACUCGAUGACUCGAGUCAUAACUUUUAGUUAAACUCUACCGCUGGUGUUCAAGCAGCCAUUACAAGGGGCGGUAACUCUCGCGCCAGAAAGGUUUUGUUAUCUCCCUUUUGUUGAUGUCAGGCCAGAGAAUCGAUUCCGCUAUGUGAGCCACAUUCGGCAGAAAUAUCACUAUUGCUCAAUCCCAGUGCUUGAUUUUGUGCAUCUGUUGCUGUCAUUAGCUUGCCUAAGAUCACGUUCAACUUCCGAGGUUCUACCGUUCUUGCCCAAUAUGUGUGGGAGGUGUAGAUGUAGAGACAGCUGGAUAUCAGCACGUACUGUUAUCAUGUAGUGGUUUUUCCAGAGGCCGAACGUUCUUCGACUGCAGGAUGGAAGUAAUAGGUUAUCAAAGUUUACAUACAUUUAGUUGUUGGUUUGACCGGAUAGCAAUAAAGGUCAGAGCUUGUCAUUUCUGGCAGAUAACACUAUUGUGUGAUUUUAUCCAGAAGGUGUAAUAGUUUGUAAAACACCAGCCUUACAAUGAGUUUUCGAUAUUCCCGGGUGCCUACACAGGACAUGAUGGAAUCAGGGUCAUUAACAUUUGACUAUUCGUCAGCCUUCACUUACGAAAACAAAGGGAAUAUCAGCCGAAAAUACAAAUCGUAUUUUACAUAUGGAACUGGAGAUUCUAUCUCUCACUCAUCUGGCGACUUAUAUUCAGCAGCAAGCUUCAGCAGGAUGGACUGCUUAUGCUACUAUUUCAUCAAUGUCUUUGUCUACAUUGCUUUUUUUCUUACUUUCCCCAUCAGUAUAUGGUUUGCUUUUAAGAUAGUACCCGGUUUUGAAAAGAUUGUUGUAUUUAGAUGGGGCCAUCUACAUCAAACAAAGGGACCAGGUAUGGUGUUUGUGAUGCCACUGGUAGAUACUUAUCAAAAGAUAGACAUGCGAAUGAAAGCAUUUAAUGUGCCUCCACAGCAGGUAAUAACAGGAGAUGGUGCUAUCAUAGAGGUUGGAGCAGAUGUGUAUUACAGGAUAGCAGAUCCAGAGAAAUCCAUCACCAAAAUUCAAAACCUGGAUAAGUCUACACGUGUUCUUGUGCAGACCAGCCUUCUUAAUCAGCUAGUGCGUUUGCCACUUACGAAAAUUGAUGGUCAUCGCAACAGCAUUGCUGAAAGUGUACAGACUACCAGCAACAAGUGUUCUCAAGAGUGGGGAAUAGAAAUUUGUAGAUUGGAACUGUCUCAGAUAAAAAUCUUGCAAAAAUCACCAAGUGGACAACCUAAGCCAUCGGUGGUACUUCCACCUGGGAUGGGAAGUUUAGCUGGAUUUGCAGCAGCAGCUGAAUGUGUAGCUGGAGGCUCAGUUCCAGAGGCCUUCCAGCAACUGGCAUCUGCCUUCUUAUCAGCACAAGGUCAGCACAAUCAUGCUGAAGAACAGAAUGUCAAACAGUCAGAACCUAUUCCAUCUCCAACUCUAAUUUAUGAUGACACUACUGGUUCUUGUGGACAGGUGAACAUAGGAUCUGCAGCGUCACAUAAGGAGCCCUCCGUCAGAGAAAUUUUGCAGUUAGCUUGCCGAGUGCUAAAUGAAUCACUUGUUCGAAAAGUUGAUGCUGUUUACCAGUUUCAACUGCAUGGGGAGGAAGGAAGUGUUUAUUUUGUGGACCUUAAACAUGGUCAAGGACAAGUAGGAGAAGGUGUGUGGUCUGGCGAAGGAGAUGUAGACGCUUCCUUAAUGAUGACAGUAAAGGACCUACAACUGAUGCUGACUGGCCAGCUCAAGCCUUUUCAAGCUUAUAUGAAUGGGAGAUUACGGGUGUCGGGUGACCUUGCAGCUGCACUGAGACUUGAAACUUUUGUGGACAAAGUGGUGGCUCAAACAAAGAUAAGCUAGGAAAGACUUAGCAUGGACUGAUGACAUGAAACCCUUAAUACUAAUAUUCACAUCUUAACAUGGUAGCUACUAUUGAGAGAGAUCUAGCCUGAAAACAGAUUAUCUUAGAUUGAAAAUGAUGUCUUGAUGUGCUUCAAAAAUUUAAACAUAACUAUUCUUUCUUUUACUCCAUUGUUUUAGUUAGCUAAUAAAAUGUGCUUAGUAAAAGAAAUUCUUUUCGUUAACUGCCUUGCUCUAAGGUUCUGGUCACAUUACUGUCUAAUUAACCUCUUUUGGGUGCUCAUUUUUAGAAAUUAUAAGGAGUUGUCGACUCGCACAGUGAUGAAGUCCUCAUCAGAAAGACAAUGAGGAGUUAACUGUGGGUUAAACAUUUCUGCUCUAGCAUAAGUUCAACUUUGUAAGUGGCACAUUUCCACAGAGCUGGAUUAGCAUGCCCUUUAUGAUAUCCACCCACCACUCCCAUCCAGUUGCUGGCGCGGCAUAAAAUGCUGACACCUCAUCAAGAAACAAAAAGAAAUUUUAGUUACCAAAAGUUUUGAUGAAAAUCUUCAAAGUAUGUAUAAAAGAGAGCUUUUUUUCUGAUAUUGGUGGCAGGUAUCCCAUAGUUUUUAGUUGAAACUAAUAUAUAAAACUAUUGUUAGGUUGAAUCCUAAAAUUAUACAAGGUCAGAGUAGUAAAAUUAAUGUAUAGUCAGUGUGUUGUAAUAUUUUCUGUGAUGUUUGUUUCUUUUUGUAAAAAUGUAAAAUUUGUUUAUAGUAUACAGCUUAGCUCAUAAUAUUAAAUAAGAGGCUUAGAUUUUGGGUGUUUCGAGUUUAGUGUUGUUUGGACAACAAAUUACAUUCAGAAACACUGUGCUUUCAGAUGAUCACAUGAAGCUGGAAAUACAGCAAGUAUUUUCCUGUCGAGUUCAAA